CAUCCACUCAUUGAUUGAUUUUGUUCUCACUACGAAUAUAGUUGUACCCCCCACACCAAUACCACAGCAGGCUAUAUACCACUAGACAGACCAUAAGAUUAUAAAAGAAUGAAGGUCAAGAUUAAGAAGUGGAAUGCCGUUGCAACAUGGCGAUGGGAUCUCCCCGAGGACGACGUAUGUGGCAUCUGUCAAGUCCAUUUUGAUGGGACAUGUCCGACUUGCAAGUAUCCUGGUGAUGAUUGCAGCCUUUUGUCUGGUAGAUGUGGUCACAACUUUCACAUGCAUUGCAUCAUGGAAUGGAUAAAACAGGAAUCAGCUAAGGGACAGUGUCCAAUGUGUCGACAAAAGUUCGAAUGGGGCCCAGAAGCCAAGGCAGCUCAACAGCCAGUCGACGAACAGCAAGAAAUGAUUGAAGACGAAUGAAUGAAUGAUGAGAAGAUUUGAACAUCACUGACUUGGUGAAGUGAGGGGUCCCUUUUAUGACUUGAACCAUGAUGGCGUACUGUUUUUGGGCGGGCUUGUACUUUAAUUUAGCCAAGAUGUCUCUA